GGCGAAGCGAAGCGAAAACAAGCCGAGGGGCUGCCGUGAGGGUGGUGACAAAUUCACAACUGUUUUCAGCAAUUUUCUACCCGAAAACUAAUUAUUCUCUUUUUGAGAGCUUCAAUCAAGAAAUGGCGCAACCUAGAGAAAUUCCAUGGCAAAGUAUUCUAGACCUAUUUACGGAGGAGAUUAAAAACGAAAGGCAUGCAGAGAGAUGGAAAAACUUCCAGUCCGUGGUGACUGAGGAAGAAAUCAUCAAGAUGGUCUACAGUUUUGACAUUUUUAGAAAGAGAAUCAAUGCUUGGCACACAAAGUUUGCCAGCGGUGCACCAUCAGGCCCUGCAAAAAUUGUGGAUGAAGAGGAGAGCAGCUACGCAAACAAUCUGAACGAGGAGUUGGCAAAAGAAAGAGAGUUGCUCAAGAGUAGCAUAAGUCUGAAGUAUGGGGAAAGUGACCAAUUUCCAGGCGCUUCUAGUGUAUUAGAAAUCCAAACCAAUGAAGAGAAGGGACGUCAUGUCGUCGCUUUGAAAGACUUCCAGAAAGGUGAUGUUCUUUUCAAAGAGGAAGCAUUUACGUCUGUCCCUUGCGGAGGAAUUCAAAUUCACUGUGAUCACUGUUGUGCUCCUUUGUAUAGUUUUGGGAAUGAGUCGGAGGUGAACUUCAUAGCCUGCGACACUUGCAACACCACCCGUUACUGCACUUUCAAGUGUGUGGAAGAAGCCAAGCCUUAUCAUCAAUGGGAGUGUGGAUCCAAUCUGCCGGAGCAUGUCGGAAUCGCCUGGCUUGGCUUGCGAGUGGCGCUUAUGGGAGAAAUCUACGAAAGUACCGGGGACGAAGAAAAAAUCAAACAAUAUCAGAAAGUGUGCAGUUUGGUGACCCACAUUGCAGACAUGACACCAGAAGACAAACUUCAGUAUUCCUUGACGUCUUUGCUCCUUUCGGUUGACGUUGCCAGAAGGAAAAAAUUGGCAUCUGCUGAGAAAAACCAGUUCAUUGUCAAGUUUGGAUCGAAGGUGAUGAAGCACAUCACCCAGUUGGUCUGCAACGGAAACGCCAUCACUUCUCACUUGUUCGGACAGGACAGGAUGACCGUGGCUGGGCCAAUUCUGCAGGAGGAGAAGCAAGUGAGAGUUGCGACGGCAAUUUUUCCCUCAGCUUCCAUGAUGAACCACUCUUGCGAUCCAAACAUCCUCACCAGUUAUUUUGGCAACUCGGUGAUUUCCAAAGCUGUCCGUGACAUCAAAGCGGGAGAGGAGGUUUUCAACUGCUAUGGAAUCUACUACAGGGCCAUGCGAACUGAGAAGAGGCAGCGCCACCUCAAGGAGCAGUACAUGUUCGAUUGCAAAUGCCUUCCUUGCCAAAGAUCCGUUGACUUUCUGGAUUCCGAAGGCAUCCACAGCCUCAUGUGUGUCAAAUGCAAAGGACCGGCCAUUGCUCAGAAUGGUGAUUCUAUUUGCCUCAAGUGCGACCACAUUUUCACUAACGAAGAAAUGGAUUUGGUCAUGGAAAAUGUCAACACUGAAAAAGUUUUGCUUCAAGAAUCUCAAGAGCUUCAUCGAAGUGGGGCCUUUGACAAGCUGAACAAAAACAAGAUCAAGUAUGUGAACCAUCUGAAAUCUUUCUUGCAUCCCAACAACUGCCAAAUCGCUCAAGCAAUCGAUCAACUUGCCAUGCUAUAUGUCAGAAAAGGAAAUUACAUUGCUGCUUGGAACCUGAUGGAAGAAUGCUUAACUCUCGCUAAAGCUCAGUACGGCAGUGACGGAAUUGAGGUUGCAGGCGUAAUUUCCACUAUGAUGUCCAUUGCACAAGCGAUCACAUCCUCGGAAGUCACUAAUGAAAUCCUCAAGCUGACCGAGAAAGCCAUCGUCCACUGUGAGGUUGGGUUGAAGAUCAUGGCCGAGUGUCUUGGAGAAUGGAACGACAGAUACAAAAAUAUGCUUGAGAUCAACAAGGACUUGAAAUUCGUCCACGACCAAGUUAUGGGGUCUCUGCAGCAGAACGGCAGCCACCAAGAAAAUGGAAAAGUGCUCAAAGCUAUUGAAAAUUUGGAAAUUUAAAUCCACCAGAUUGUAUAAAUGUAUUCACAUUUCACAUUCUCCAAAACAUAAAUAAUAAAGGAAGUACUUAAUUUACUCUGC